AUGGCCGACAUGAAGCGUGGCUUCUCUCAAGUAUCCGAAGAUACAAGGGAAGCUCUCGUCGCCGGCACGAGAAGCUUCAGCAUAGUUACAUUUUCCUCCAUCACAUUAUGGUAUAUCAGAUUGGAUUUACUUAAAUCACUUCGUGAAGAAAAUAACCAACGAGCCGAAACAGGUUCCACUACUGCAGGUCCAUCUGUGUUGCCAUCAGCAACGAUCACACAAGGAUCAACUCAUUUCAUCGGUUUUCCUAAUUCUACUAAUUCUACGAGUUAUUCGUCUGCGGGUUCUUCUGGUGGCGGUGACGGUAUUUUAGAUAAAAUUAAUGCGUGGGUAGAUAGCAAAACAAUUGUAGUGCUAGUAUCAGUAGCACGAGGGUUGCACGUUAAUGGCUUCGGGACCGUGCCUCCCUACCGUGUAAUCGUGUUUCUGUACUACUUGUUUUAG